AUGACCAAUGGUCCCUUACCUACAUUAUUAUCUAUAGAUAAUAAAAUUGAUGAGGAGGGGCCCCCUAAUAAUAGGGUACAGGGUAUAGAGGGGGGCCCCCUCUUUUGUGCCUUACAAUAUGGUCAUAAACAGCAGCCGCACACCAACCACAAUGCAGCAGCAGCUGCUGCAGCAGCAGCUGCUGCUGCUGCUGCUGCAGCAGGUGGUGUAUGUUCAGCAGCAGGAGAAGAAUCAGCAGCAGAUGGGGAAUCAGCAGCAGCAGGAGGAGACACAGAUAGUCAUAGUUGUGAUGGUUUCUGGUGUACAGACAGCUGCAGCGGAGACACAACAGAGGGACUAAAGAUCUCCUUUAGGCAACCAAGUGUCUCCUCAUCUAUUAUUAAUAAGGGAGGAGGAGGAGGAGGAGCAGCAGCAACAGGAGAAGGAGGAGCAGGAGGAGGAGGAGGAGACAGUAUAGAUAAAGGGGAGAUAGAGGAGGAGGAAGAAGAAGAGGAGGAAGAGGAAGAAGAAGAGGGAGAUAUAGACGAAGAGGAGGAAGAAGGAGAAGCAGCAGCAGCAGCAGGUGCAGCAGCAGCAGCAGGAGAGGAAGAAGUGUCUGUUGUUAAAUCAUGGGGUUGCUGUUAUAAUAAUACAUCUUGUAUUAAUGCAUCAGGUCCUGCUGCUGCAGCAGGUGCAGCAGCAGGUGCAGCAGCAGCAGCAACAGCAACAACAGAGGUAUCUCCUAUAGGCCUAAAGGGAAUAAAAGGAGACACUUCUUCUUCUUCUUCUUCUUCUUCUUCCUCCUCCUCCUCUUCUUGUUUGUCUCCUUCUUUCCCUCGUCGUUAUCGUAAGAAAGGAGACACUUCUCUUCGUGUCCCUCCAACAACAACAGCAGCAGCAGCAACAGCAGCAACAGCAAAGAACCGCAACAACAACAACAACAACAACACAACAGCAGCAGCAGCAGCAGGAGGAGGAGGAGGAGGAGCAGCAGAGAAUAAUUCCCAGCAUUAUGCAUCUCCUUGUUUCCUGUCUCCUUUACCAUCCCCUCUGUCUCCUUACUACCCCCACAACAACAACAACCACCAUAACAACCACCAUAACAACAACCAUAACAACCAUCAGCAGCAACAGCAGCAGCAGCAGCAGCAGCAGCAGCAGCAGCAGCAUAUAGGGCGUGUGCAAGUGUCUCUACAUAUACAGAUGGAGUAUUAUCCUUUAUCAUUAGAGGAUUAUAUAGCAUAUACACCAAGAAUAGAGGAAGGAGGAAGAAAAGAAGCAUUAUUAUUAUAUUAUUUAAUUAUAGGUGUCUCCUUUAUACAUAAAAAAGGUAUUAUACAUAGGGACAUAAAACCAUCUAAUAUAUUCUUAUCUAAGGAAGGUAUACCAAGGAUAGGGGAUUUUGGUCUUGCAUUCAAGGAUGAAUUACUUGCUGCUGCUGCUGCUGCUGCUGCUGCUGCUGCUGGACGUGCAGAUACAUAUUCUAAUCAUAAUCAUGCAGCAACAGCAACAGCAACAGCACCAGCAGCAGCAGCAGCAGCAACUGCAACAAGUUCAUCCUCUUAUGGGGAAGAGACAGAUAAUCAUCAUUAUUUUAUAGGUAAUAAUUUUGCACAACAAUUGUCUCCUUUCUCUCCUCCUUAUUCACCUACUAUACAUGAUGAUGCAGCAACAGCAGGAGGAGGAGGAGGUUUGUCUCCUCCUUAUUAUCCUCAUCUGUCUCCUCCAGCAGCAGGAGCAGCAGCAGCAGCAGCAGCAGCAGCAGGAGGAGGAGGAGGAGGAGGAGCAGAAGCAGGAGGAGGAGGAGUAUAUAUAUCUCGUGGAUCAUCAUCAACCCGUAUGCAUGGUGUAGGAUCUCCUCUGUCUCCUUCUCCCUGUCCCCCCCACCAUCCCCCAGGAGCAGGAGCAGGAGGAGCAGCAGGAGCAGGAGCAGGAGGAGCAGCAGGAGGAGGAGGAGGAGGAGGAGCAGCACGUACUCGUGGUGUAGGUACAGCUGUAUAUGCAGCACCAGAACAAUUAAGAGGAGAAUUAUAUGAUAAUAAGGUAGAUAUAUGGUGUCUAGGUAUGUUAUGUAUAGAUCUAUUUAGUAGGAGUAAGACAGUCAUGGAGAGAGCAGACAUAUUAAUUAAUGCAAGACAUAGAUCUAUACCUAAUUAUAUACAAAAAAGGAGACACUUAUUAGGUAUACAACAAUUCUGUCUCCUUUGUCUACAUACAGACCCUAAACUAAGACCACAAGCACAAGAGCUAAAAGAUGCAAUAGAUAGGGGAGGAUUAUUUGCUCCUUUGUUGCAUCAGGCUAGGGAUAGUCCUCUUGCUCCUGCUCCUGCUGCUCCUGUUGCUGCUGCUCCUGCUGCUGCUGCUGCUGCUGCUGCUGCUUGUAGUAGUAGUAGUAGUAGUAGUACUGUACAACAACAAGGGAGACGUAAUAAUAGUUCAUGGGGGAGAUCAGGAGAUACAUAUCUUAUUCCUCCUUCUCCUUUUAAUUAUUCACCUAAUGCUUCUCCUCCUCCUGCUGCAGCAGCAGGAGGAGGAGGAAUAGGAGGAGGAAGAGGAGGGACAAUACUAGCAAAGACAGGAACAGGAGGAGGAGGAACAAGAGCAAUAACAACAGCAGUAACAACAACAGCAGGAGGAGGAGGACAAUGCUACAACAACAACAAGAACAGCAUUAGUAGUAGUAGUACCUCUUGUGCAGCAGGAGCAGGAGGAGCAGGAGGAGCAGGAGCAGGAGCAGGAGCUACUGUUACUACAGUAUCUGCAUGCAAUAAGGAGACAGUAUGUGGUAUAGUAGAGAUAUUAUCAAGAAAGGGACGAUGGAAGAGACGAUUGUUAAUAUUAAUAAAAAAAAAAAAAAGAUUAUUUAUAUAUACAGAUAAUAAUCAACAAGAAAAACCAAGAGAAGUUCUCUAUCUAGGGGGAACAGAAGGAUUUAGAUACCUUGAAUGCAUGCGCAUGCAUGCAAUACAGGUAGAGGAACAAGAAAAGGACAAACAACAACAACAGCAGCAACAACAGCAGCAACAACAACAACAGCAACAACAGCAACAGGGAGAGGGAGAGGAAGAAGGGGGAGAUAGAGGAGACCAACAAGGACAUAUGCAACAACAGCAACAGCAACAACAGCAACAGCAACAGCAACAGCAACAGCAACAGCAGCAACAGCAACAGCAGCAACAACAACAGCAACAACAGAUACCUACUACACCUACAACUGCAGCAGAUACAUCACCAGAGACAAAUGAUACUGCAGCAGCAACACCAUGUGUUUUAUGUGCUGCUGCUGCUGCUGCUGCUGCUGCUGCUGAUCUUCAUCAUAGAUUACAACCCCUUGACUUCGAUACUAAUUGGGGGGGACUACCACCACCAUUCAAUGCAGCAGCAGCAGCAGCAGCUGCUGCAGCAGGAGGGGGAGGAGGAGGAGGAGGAGCAGCAGCAGGUGCAGCUGCUAGGGGGGGAGGAACAACAACACAGACGCUCCAACAACAGCAAACACAAAAGGGGGACAACAAUAACUCUUUGCAGCAGCAGCAAGAGCAAGAAGAGGAAGGACAGCACCAAGAGCAGCACCAAGAGCAGCAGCAACAAGAAAAGGAGGAGGAGCAGCAGCAAAAACGGCAGCAAGAAGAGCCGCAGCAACAGCAGGAACAGCAGCAAGAGCAAGAGCAGCAGCAGGUUGCUGCUCCUGAUGUAUCUAUUAGCAGCCCCGUUAGUUGCAUGCGAUCUAAUCCGAGUCUCCUCCUUCCUUAUAAACAUUCACCUCCUGCUGCUGCUCCUGCUGCUCCUGCUGAUUUACUGUCUCCUCCUUUGCUGCAGCAUAGUCCCUUCAAGGUGUCUCCUGUCCCUAAGACAGCAGCAGCAACAGCUGCAGCAGCAACUGCAGCAACUGCUGCUGUUGUUGCUGCAACACGAUGCGCAGCGGGAACAGCAGCAACAACAGCAGGAACAACAGCAGCAACUGCAGCAGCAGCAACAACACCUGCAACAGCAGCAGGCUCAUCUGGCGAUUCUGCUGGGGGCCGUACCUUGCUGGGGUCUCCAGCAGCAACUGCAGCAACAGCAGCAACAGUUGGUGCAGGUGUUGGGGGCCCCUCUCGUGGUGGGGGGCCCCCCUGUUGUAUAAAGGAUACAACACAGUCUGCUGUUGUAAGCAGCAGCUGCAGUAACAGCAGCAGCAGCAGCAGCAGCAGCAGCAGCAGCAGCAGCAGCAAAGGAGACAGUAUUGAGGGGACAGUAGGGGUAUGGUCCUUAGUAUUAAGAUCGUCUCCUUUAAGAGAAGAUCUAUUUAUGCGUGUUGCUGUUGCUGCUGAUGAGGGGAGACAAAAGGAGACACCUGCUGCUGCAGCAGCAGCAGCUGCAGCUGCUGGUGGUGGUGGUAAUACUACUGCUGCUGCUGCUGCUACUGCAUGCAAUAACAGGGCGUUGUUAGAAGCAUUGGUAGCAGUUAUGCAGCAAGUGCAGCAAGAGCAGCAGCAACAACAACAGCAGCAGGAGCAGGAACAGCAGCAACAGCUAGAGCAGCAGCAACAACAGCAGCAGCUGCUGCUCAUGCAGCAGCAACAUAUCCAAUAG